AUGGCAAAAUGUGUUGAGAUUGUUCUUCCUGUGCAGUGCGUAGGGGCUUAUCAGGAUGUCAACUUGAACCGCAUCAUUCCAUUGGCUGUGCAUGGUGAUGACGCAGAAGCACAUCGGCGGAGGUCCUUCUCAAUCUGCACAUUUGGUUCACUAUUGGUGAAAGGAUCAUUUUGGGACACCAAAAUCUUGUCGUUUUGCACUGAUGUCAGUCAGUGCAGUUCUGAGACAACACAUCAGUUGGAGCUGUGGCUGACAUGGAGCCUGCUGGAGUUGCAACUGGGUGAGUUCCUAGAUGUGGACCCGUGGGGGCAACCCUACCCACCUUUCUUGAAAGGACGGUCUGGUAAGAUUUGCGGGGAGUGGAAGGCAGUCCUUGUCGCCCACAAGGGGGAUGAGCGCUACAUGCAAAAGUCAUAUCGGCCAUUGUCGAGCUGGGUCUCAGAUAAUGUGUGUCUUGUGUGUGCCGCUUCCCAAACACAAGAAGACCUUCUAUAUACCCAGUUUGGUCCCAGUGCAUUGCACCGUAGCAGCAUGACCUCCACGAAGAAGUUCAUCCAGGAUAUCAGCCAGGUACAAACGUUUACAGCUUUGCCUGGAUGGCAUAUCUUUUGCGUGCAGUUUGACCUUCUGCAUGUGUGUGACCUUGCUAUCAUUCCUGAAUGCUCUGCAAGUGCGCUGAUAGAACUUUGUGCAGCUGGUGUCUUUGGUACAGGGGCAAAUGACGAGCGUCUUCGAAGAGCCAAUGUUCUGUUCACUCGGGCCUGCAAACUAGCUCGGGUUCGCAACCGUGGACAGAUGUUUUCGAUGAAACAACUAUUCCCUGCUGGGCCAAACUCUUACCCCACUCUGGUGCAAAAGAAUUUUAAUGGAUCAGAAGCAGUGGUCAUGGCAAAGUGGCUGGAGACCAUUUGCUUGAAAGUGGCGGAGGAUAAUCCUCAAGAUGCGCAUGCAGGGUUGCGGGCUGCGAUCUUUGUAAAUCUUGUGGCCAUGCGGCAAUGCAUGAGUCCAGCCAACAAUCCUGGCCGACAUGUUACACUAUUGCCAGCGAAUGUAGAACGUUUGCGCAGGGCAUGUUAUCUUUUCAAGGCUGCUCACAACAGUCUUGCUUUAGAGGCGGUGCAGCAGGAAAAAUUAUUUUGGAAAGUACGUCCAAAAUACCACAAGCUAGAUCACAUCGUUUUUGACCAAAGCCAAUACCUGAGCCCAGUUCAUGCCUCAUGCUACAAUGAUGAAGACGGGAUGGGCAAGAUAAAAAAUCUUGCCCGAAUAACAAAUCCGAGAAAACUUGGACUCACAGUGCUAUUGCGCUGGACUGCAUAUGUGUGUGUUCGCUGGGUCAGGAUGGCAACAGAGUGA